AUGGAUGCCGAUCUGGACCUGCAGACGGAGAAGUCCGGGGAACGCUUGCUGAAAGCAUCUGCAGGUGCCUUCAGCAGCACGGAGGAAGCCAGGCAGUGCUGGAACAGCUUGGAACAGGCCGAGCUCAGGAAGAGCCGCCUGCAGGCCGAGCUGCGAUCCCUUCAGUCGCAGCAGCGGCAGCAUCAAACCCGUAUCCAUGCCUUUGUCAAAGAGGAACAGCGCGAGAAGGCGCUGACAGAGCGGCUGCUACAGCUGCAGCAUGCGGAAAUGCAGCUGGGUCUUCCGCACAUCGACAUCGACCACCGAAGCGGCAUUUGUUAUCUGGGAGAUCCGCCUGCCACUGGCGAAGUCCCCCAGAGAGAUGGCGAUGGCGAGACGGAGGCACUUCGCUCCAUCAAGGUGGAGUUUGAUGAGGAAGGAACUCUUCUCCAUGCGGAGCCGCAUCCCUCGCUGGGCCUAGAGAAUUGUGCAGCACAAGCCGUUGCGCAGCAGGACUUCGCCAUUCUGCCGACGAUGGUGUGGAAUCAUCUCUGCGACGCUGGCAAGAUCGGGUCCAGCCCAGAGGACGCAUUGAGCCCCUUGCAGCCCAUGCAGGGCGCUCGGGGAGGUGAGGAGAACGCCCAAGGGCAGCUUGACCGGUUGCAGGCCUUGUGGGUCAGUCCCAGGAUGCCAGUCCUACAGCUUUCCGUGCCUCGUGAGGAUCCAAGCUCUCCGGGCAAGGGUAAGAGGCUCUCCUGGUUCGGCCUGGGGACCCGCCGGUCACCUGCACCGGAGGAAGAUGCAGGCCCCUCUGAUGGUGACAUCGAAGGUGGUGCCCGUGGUUCCCGCGGCCGCGGAUCCGAGAGCAGCACAACAGCUGCCGGCGCGCCGGCCAUGCCAGGCUCGACGGCCGAGGAGUUUGCUGUGGCCAGCCAGUUGCUUGAAGGCUUGUACGGCAAGCGGCUUGAAGCCAGCAAGGCCAUGGAAAUUCUGAGCACGGUACCGGAGAUCAGCUGGUUAGUGGAGUGCUACUGCAUGACACCAGCACAGCCGGGCUGGCGCAAGAGCAAAACAGCUCCAGGGGAUGUCCCACUCUAUGCGGAUGAAGCCAGUGGCAAAGUCUAUGAGGCAAUGCCCUGCAUUAGGCAUUACAUGCGCAUGGCGGAGCUGUCCCUGACGGCCCGGAAUCUCCCGGAGAAAGCGGAUGCCGCCGCUGCGCAGCUCCAUCAUUAUGUACAGUCGUUGCAUAAGGAAGUGAAAACUGCCGAGGCUGCCUGGACUGGUCCACAUGAGGAUUCCGAGAGCCAAG